CCACAGAGCAGCGGGUAUGGUGCGGAGAAGGCUCCGGACGUCUGGGGCGCUGGAGCAGCCGCCCAGCGCGCAGCUCUGGCUCUUCCCCGGCUCCCCGGGCAUGCACCGCGCGCUGCUCCGCAGAGCCCACGCCACGCGCCAGAUGUGCUGUUCGCGGGGGCGCCUGGCUGUGCUGCCGCACGGCGGGGCGGGGGUGGAGAUGCAUCUGAUGCCCGCGGAGGGCAAGGAGAAGCCAAAAUAUAUUAAAUUGGGGGGGAGGAUGAAGAUACAUUCCAUGGACCAAGGAGUGGAGCAUAUGUUAAUUCUGUCUUCAGAUGGAAAACCCUUGGAGUACAACUAUAGCAUCGGCAACUUAAGGUAUCAAAACACCUUACAAGAAAAAAGUAUAAUUCAGAUUGCCUGUGGUGAUUAUCACUCUCUUGCACUCUCAAAAGAUGGUGAACUUUUUGCCUGGGGGCAGAACUUACAUGGCCAGAUUGGAGUUGGAAGGAGAUUUCCCUCAACCUCCACGCCCCAGAUGGUGGAGCACCUCAUGGGCGUGCCCUUGGUUCAGAUUUCUGCAGGAGAAGCCCACAGCAUGGCCUUAUCCAUGUCUGGGAACAUUUACUCAUGGGGAAAAAAUGAUUGUGGACAACUCGGCCUGGGCCACACUGAAGAAAAAGACUCUCCUUCCCUCACUGAAGCACUAGACAACCAGAAAAUUGAAUUUCUCACUUGUGGUGCCUCGCACACUGCCCUGCUUACACAGGAUGGGUUAAUAUUUACUUUUGGUGCUGGAAAAUAUGGACAGCUUGGUCACAAUUCAAAGCAGAAUGAGCUAAAACCUUGUUUGGUAACUGGACUUGUUGGAAACAAAGUGACUCAAAUAGCAUGUGGAAGGUGGCACACACUUGCCUAUGUGUCUGAUCUUGGAAAGGUCUUUUCCUUCGGUUUUGGAAAACAAGGACAAUUAGGAAAUGGUGCAAAACAUAACCAACUGAUACCAUGUCCCAUGAAAUUGUCAUCAAAUGAAGAACUCACACUUGAAAGUCAUAGCUCUGACAAGGAGCUGAUACUGAUUGCUGGAGAGAAUCAAAGCAUUUUGCUCUGGAUACAAAAAGAGAAUUCUUACGUUAAUCAGAGGAGGAAAAUUGUUACAUUGAAUGAAGGGACUGUAAAAAGAUGGAUUGCUGAUGUGGGAACUAAACAGUGGCAGAAAACAAAAAGGGAAAUUCAAGAAAUAUUUUCAUCUCCAGCUUGCCUGACUGGAAGUUUCUUAAGAGAAAGACGGGUUGCAGAAACCAUGCCUGUUCUUUCAGACUUAAACAAAGCCAGAAACAUCUUUAAGGAACUAACUAAAAAGAACUCCAUUACUAACAUGAUAACCACCUCUCUCAGGAAUAAUUUGUUCAAAAACAUGUCAUUUCAUUCUCCACACCCGGAAGCAUUAGAAGUUUUCUUACUUCUUCCCGAAUGUCCAGUGAUGCAUGACUGUAACAACUGGAAAAGCCUGGUGGUUCCAUUUGCAGAAAUUCUCUAUAGAAUGAGUGACCAGUCUUCAAGGGUUCUGGAGGAAUAUUGGGCAACUCUGCAGGAAUCUGUUUUCAGCAACCUGGUCCAGAUGUUUAAAAUGGCCAUUAACUCACAACUGGAUUAUUGGGUGAAUAGUGAUGAAAAUUGUUGUCACCUUAAAGCUCUUCUAGAAACACUGAAAAAGCUGCAUAGGGUAAACCAGACUAAAUACCAACUGCCUGAAAAUAUUUUCGAAGUAGAUAAACUCUCAGGCUGGCUCAACUUUAAUGAAGAAGCAUUCAGAAGAUCCUUUUACAAAAUGAGCUUAGAUGCUUUUGCAGAAUCGCCACGCUGCAUCAUAUUCAGUCAUUUUCCAUUUAUCUUUACUACUCUAUCAAAAAUUAAACUACUGCAAGCAGAUUCUCUUCUUAAAAUGCAGGAAAGAAAGAUUAUAGCGGGUUUGAAUUUUGAAGGAAUUCUGGAAGAGACUGGUUUAACCUUGGCAGCCACCUUUAAUCUUAAAGUCAGAAGGGAUCAUUUGGUUGAUGAUGUUUUGAAUCAGCUAAGCCAAGUUGAAAAUGAAGACCUGAGGAGGGAGUUAUGGGUUUCCUUUGAUGGAGAAAUUGGAUAUGGCAUGGGAGGAGUUCAGAGAGAGUUCUUUGACUGUCUCUUUGAAACGAUGACCCAUGCAGAAUAUGAGAUGUUCACAUAUCCUGAAGAGGCUUCCUGUAUGUGGUUUCCUGUCAGGCCUAAAUUUGAGGAGAAGAGGUACUACUUCUUUGGGAUUCUCUGUGGACUUUCCCUUUUUAACCGCAAUGUUGCCAACAUACCUUUCCCACUGGCAGUCUUCAAGAAACUUUUGGGCCAAAUGCCAUCAUUGGAAGACUUAAUAGAACUCAGUCCUGUUUUUGGAAAGAGUUUGCAAGCACUUCUGGAUGAUGAAAGCAGUGACUUUGGAGAAGUAUAUUACAUCCACUUUAAUGUACACUGGGACAGAAAUGAUAUAGAAUUAAUUCCUAAUGGAAACUGUGUAGUUGUUGACCAGACUAACAAGAAAGACUAUGUUUCUAAGUGUGUGGAUUAUAUCUUCAACAUCUCUGUAAAAAUGGUUUAUGAAGAAUUUGAGAGAGGAUUUUAUAAAGUGUGUGACAAGGAGAUUAUAGAAUUUUUUCAUCCUGAGGAACUGAAGCAUAUGAUUGUUGGAAACACAGAUUAUGAUUGGGAAGCAUUUGAAAAGAAUGCAAUUUAUGGACAAGGAUUCCACCAUUCACAUCCCACUAUAGUGAUGUUUUGGAAGGCUUUACACAAAUUGACUCUGGAAGAAAAGAGAAAGUUCCUUGUGUUUCUUACAGGAACUGACAGAUUACCAAUAAAAGAUUUAAGCAAUAUGAAAAUAACAUUUUGCUGUCCUGAAAACUGGAGUGAAAACGAUCCAGUAAGAGCACAGACGUGUUUUAGUAUUCUCCUCCUUCCUAAAUACUCUACAAUGGAGAGAGUAGAAGAAGCGCUGCAGGGAGCCAUCAGCAACAGCAGAGGAUUUGGCUGACCUGGCAUCUCACUCCUUACCUUUCUUGAAAAAAAUUUCAAAAAUAAAAUUAACUCAAAAAAUUAA